AUGUCGCAGGGAUUCAAUUUUACAGCCCUGGAGUGGGGUGCCCGAGCUACCCUUCUGGCAUCCCGCACAGUUCCGCAGAGUAGCACUCGCCAGUUCACUUCUCAGGCACAGUUGUCACCCAAACCCCCAGCACAGUCACCCAAAACCCCCAGCACAGUCACCAAACCCCACUCGACCAAACCCCCAGCACAGUCACCCAAACCCGCACAGUCACCCAAACCCCCAGCACAGUCCCAAACCCCCAGCACAGCACCAAACCCAGCACAGACCCGCACAGUCACCAAAACCCCCAGCACAGUCACCCAAACCCCCACUCGACCAAACCCCAGCACAGUCACCAAAACCCCCAGCACAGUCACCCAAAACCCCCACUCGACCAAACCCCCAGCACAGUCACCCAAACCCGCACAGUCACCCAACCCCAGCACAGUCAGUCACCCAAAACCCCCAGCACAGUCACCCAAACCCCCACUCGACCAAACCCCAGCACAGUCACCAAACCCGCACAGUCACCCAAACCCAGCACAGUCACCCCAAAGCACAGUCCCAAACCCCCACUCGACCAAACCCCAGCACAGUCACCCAAACCCCACAGUCACCCAACCCCAGCACAGUCACCCAAAACCCCCAGCACAGUCACCAAACCCCACUCGACCAAACCCCCAGCACAGUCACCCAAACCGCACAGUCACCAAACCCCCCACAGCACAGUCACCCAAACCCCCACAACCAAACCCCAGCACAGUCACCCAACCCGCACAGUCACCAAACCCCAGCACAGUCACCCAAACCCCACUCGACCAAACCCCCAGCACAGUCACCAAAAACCCCAGCACAGUCACCCAAACCCCCACUCGACCAAACCCCCAGCACAAGUCAGUCACCCAAACCCCAGCACAGUCACCCAAACCCCACAGUCAACCCCCCACUCGACCAAACCCCCAGCACAGUCACCCAAACCCGCACAGUCACCCAAACCCCCAGCACAGUCACCAAAACCCAGCACAGUCACCAAACCCCCACUCGACCAAACCCUCACCCAGCACAGCGAGCCGGACGACAUGA